AUGGAAAUAAAAAGAAGGUUGGAAGCUUUACACAUUCCAAGUUACGCUAAUACACCCAAGCCAAAAGUGCAAAACAAUGAGGAAAGUUCAAUGGCAAAUAAUAUUGAAGGUGCAGCCACAACGACAGAAACUAUAAAUCUACUAAAUUAA